AUGGCGCCGUUUGUGAAUAUGGGUUUAAAUCCAAUGGACGAUUUUCCAGACGUUGAUGGAAACUUGUUUAUCUUUGUCAAAACACCAAUUGGAAAAACUCUUUCAUUGGUAGUGGAAGAGAGUGAAACCAUCAAAGAUAUCAAAGAAAAAAUUCAAGAUCAAGAAGGUGUUCCACCCGAUCUACAGCGAUUGAAUUUUGCUAACGAACAACUUGACGAUGGUCGAACCUUAUCGGACUACAAUAUUCGAGGCAAUAGCACACUAUAUCUCGUGCUUCCUUAA